AUGAUAAGAAAAAUAACAUCAAUCGCGCCUAGCAUAGUUAUCGUAGUCAUAACAAUGGCUACAAUCAUAUCUUUAGUUCGUUCAUUUCCUCGUCCCUUGUUAUGCUCAUCUCCUAAACACCUUCUUAAAUCUCGAAUCUGCCCUCUGUAUCCUCCUUCCUUCUUCCUCUGCCUCCCUCCUUCUCGCACCAACCACCGUCCGCCACCACUCUCCGCCGCCGCCGAUCGCCGUCGCACUUCCUUCUCCACCGCCGCAAUGUCAUCGGUCACCUCGAACGAUAAUCCGUUACUAAAGGACUUCCAGUUUCCGCCGUUUGAUUCGAUCGAUGCUAGUCACGUGCGCCCUGGCAUGCGUGCCUUGUUGAAAAAGCUUGAUAGUGAUUUGGUGGAAUUGGAGAAGAACGUUGAACCGACGUGGCCGAAAUUAGCAGAGCCGUUAGAGAAGAUGAUGGAUAGGUUAACGGUUGUUUGGGGAGCUGUUAAUCAUUUGAAAUCAGUUAAGGAUACGGCUGAACUCCGUUCUGCUAUUGAAGAGAUACAGCCAGAGAAAGUGGAGUUUGAUUUAAAGUUGGGACAAAGCAAACCGAUUUAUAAUGCGUUUAAGGCAAUAAGGGAAUCCCCAGGCUGGGAAGGGCUAAGUGAUGCGCAGAAACGUAUUGUUGAAUCAUCAAUAAAGGAGGCUGUUCUUAGUGGUGUCUCCCUUGAUGAUUCUAAGAGAGAAGAAUUUAACAAAAUUCAACAGGAGUUGACAAAACUUUCUCGGAAGUUUGAGGAGAAUGUCUUGGAUGCUACCAAGAAGUUUGAAAAACUAAUAACUGAUAAAAAGGAGAUUGAAGGAUUGCCAGCUACAGCUCUUGGCUUGGCUGCACAAACAGCCUCAUCUAAGGGUCAUGAAAACGCCACUGCUGAAAAUGGGCCGUGGAUGAUUACAUUGGAUGCUCCAAGUUUUAUGUCUGUCAUGCAACAUGCUAAGAAUCGAGCUUUGAGGGAGGAAAUCUAUCGUGCAUAUGUAACCCGUGCCUCUAGCGGAGAACUAGAUAAUACUCAAGUUAUUGAACAAAUUCUGAAGCUUAGGUUGGAGAAGGCUAAGCUUCUUGGCUACAAUAACUAUGCAGAGGUAAGCAUGGCGACCAAGAUGGCUACUGUUAGUAAAGCAGAAGAGCUUCUGGAAAAGCUAAGGAGUGCUUCCUGGAACGCUGCAGUUCAAGACAUGGAAGAUCUCAGGCAGUUCUCUAAAAGUCAAGGUGCUCCCGAAGCCGAUGAUUUGACCCACUGGGAUACCACCUUUUGGAGUGAGAGGCUCCGUGAAUCAAAAUACGAGAUAAAUGAGGAAGAACUGCGACCUUACUUUUCAUUGCCUAAAGUCAUGGAUGGUCUUUUUAACCUAGUAAAGAUGCUUUUUGGAAUUGAUGUUGAACCAGCUGAUGGUUUAGCACCUGUUUGGAAUGCUGAUGUCAGAUUUUAUCGUAUCAAGGAUUCAACUGGCAAACCUAUUUCAUAUUUUUACUUUGAUCCAUAUUCACGCCCAGCUGAAAAAAGAGGCGGUGCAUGGAUGGAUGAGGUGGUUGCAAGGAGUCGUGUAUUAUCAGAUGACAGAACCUCUGUAAGGUUACCCAUUGCCCAUAUGGUGUGCAAUCAAAUGCCACCCGUAGGAGAGAAGCCAAGCCUUAUGACUUUUCGUGAGGUUGAGACUGUGUUCCAUGAGUUCGGUCAUGCACUUCAGCAUAUGCUAACAAAACAAGAUGAGGGCCUUGUUGCUGGUAUACGUGGAAUAGAGUGGGAUGCUGUUGAAUUACCUUCUCAGUUUAUGGAGAAUUGGUGUUACCAUAGGGAUACCCUGAUGAGUAUUGCGAAACAUUAUGAAACUGGUGAGUGUCUCCCUGAAGCUAUAUAUCAGAAGCUUCUUGCUGCCAGGACUUUCCGUGCUGGCAGCCUCAGCCUUCGUCAGCUAAAAUUUGCGACUGUUGACCUGGAGCUACAUAGCAAAUAUGUUCCUGGUGGGUCUGAAUCAAUCUACGAUGUUGAUCGAAGGGUCAGCAAAAAAACUCAGGUUAUUCUUCCUCUUCCAGAGGACAGGUUCCUUUGCAGCUUUAGCCAUAUUUUUGCAGGUGGGUAUGCUGCUGGAUAUUACAGUUAUAAGUGGGCGGAAGUGUUGUCUGCUGAUGCUUUCUCAGCAUUUGAGGAUGCCGGAUUAAAUGAUGAUAAGGCGGUCAGAGAAACAGGACAUAGGUUCCGUGAAACUAUUCUUGCACUUGGAGGUGGAAAAGAUCCGCUAACGGUUUUCGUUGAAUUCCGUGGGCGGGAACCCUCUCCAGAGCCUCUGCUUAGGCACAAUGGUUUGCUACAAACUGCAGCAUGAUCACCCAUUAUCUGGCUAUUGCGGAGCAAGGAAGGAGCUCUUGGUCCUCUUAUUCAUCACCGACCAGUUCGUUUUUCUUGGAUUAACAUUAUAGAUUUAUCAUCGCUGCAGUCUGCAUGAUGUCUCUCAUUAUCCCAAAUGAACCUUGGUUUAAGACUUGUAGAUUAGUUGCUUUUUCUUUUUUAAUAGGAAGCAAAACUGUCCAGGUAGCAAGUCAUAGGGAUACAAGCACAAGCAUUAUUUAAUGGAGGAUGACUUACAUUUUAA